CGGCAGUGGGGCUCGGACUUGAACCUCGGGCAGGUACUGCGCUAAGCUAAGGGGGAGAUGGCAGGCAGUGAGUGGGUGAACCCCGUGUUUCCCGCCAUUCCCCUCCAGGCCGAACGCGGCCGCAAGCCCCGCCCCUCCCGGCACACCCCUCUGCGGGGCGUGGCUGUUCCCAUGGCGACACGGAGUCAGGCCGGGUCAGUGAGCUGCCGGCGUGCAGCAGUGGCCGCGGCAGCGACAUGAGCGGGGUGGGGAUGGCAGCUGGGGCGCGGCCCCCAAGUUGGGCCAACCCGGGCUCCCGGGGCCUGUCCCGGGUGCGCCCGCGGCCACCCGCGGCUCUGCAGGCGGUGGGGCCGCAGGGCGCGCAGGCCGGCCUGAACGAGGCGCAGAAGCGGGUCCUGGACCUGGAGAAGAGCCUGCAGUUCCUGCAGCAGCAGCACUCGGAGACGCUGGUCAAGCUCCACGAGGAGAUCGAGCACCUGAAGCGGGAGAACAAGGAUCUCCACUAUAAGCUCAUUAUGAAUCAGAAGCCACCCAAGAAAGGUAGCAUCUCCACGUUGAGUUUUCAGUCCAACAAGUCUCCCUCCAACUCAACUGCGUCAGUUGGUUCCCAAGGCAAGGUCAGAUCCCAGCAUGGCUCCUUUAAGAAGCAAGACUUGAAAGCUGACCCCUAUUCAAAGAUGGACCUGGACGAGGAGCCCCUGGGUGCCACCAAGUUUCACAAUGACAAGCUGGAACGAGGCUCUGGGGCACAGGCCAGAGAUGAAGAUGCUGAGCCUGGCACAGCAGCAGCCAUGGGGCUGGGGGGCGGGCAGCACAGAGGCAAGCCAGCUGUGGGCAUGGCGCCCCUGGCAAGCCUGCCCCCACACCUGCGAAAGGCCACCACGGUACAGCAGUGUGAGGUGGUCAUCCGGCAGCUGUGGAAUGCCAACCUCCUGCAAGCUCAAGAGCUGCAGCACCUCAAGUCCCUCCUGGAAGGGACCCAGAGGCCCAAGGCUGUCACAGAGGAGGCCACUCCUAGCUCCCCAAAAGAGCAGGAGGCCUCACAGCUCCCCAAGCUGUCCACCUCCAAGGGCGUGGCUAAGAAAUGUCUCAUCCUGAGCCCCGUGCCUGUGGCCGAGUGCUCCAUCCUGCCUGCGCUGAAGCAGACCCUGAAGAGCAACUUUGCGGAGCGGCAGAAGAGGCUGCAGGUGGUACAGAACCGGCGCCUGCACCGUUCAGUGCUCUGAGCCAGGCCCACCUGCCUGCAGCCAGCCCCAAGCCAGCCCCACUCCAUAGCCCUGUCAAAGACUUGAAAUACUUUAAAGCUAAGCUAAAUGCCAGGAUCAAACUCA